CGAUACCGACAAAAAAAUGGGAUUACAUUCUAAAAUUUACCAAGACUAUUAAAAUGUAUUAAAUUUCUCAAUUAUUAUUCGUAGAUUUUAAUUUAUUUAUUAAUUGGUACGAAGACUAAAUAAAAUAGAAAUGAAGUAAUUUCUUGGUGAAGAUAAACCAAAAAAGUGUAUAUAUACUAGUCCCUGGUAUCAGAUUUGAAGAAAACAUAGCAUUGCUUUCCCUUAAUUAAACCCUCCAAACAUGCAAGUUUAAACAAUAGAAAAAAAUAUCUCCAACCUUCUUCUCACCAAAAAAAAACAUGUCGACCAAUGAGACUUUAACUGAUUCGCAACUUCAAAUGGUUCCCGCCUAUGGCUCUUCUUCAGACAUCAUGAGCGUCGACGGCGAAUCCUCUCGUACGGCUUCGUACAAUGAUCUUGUCCAAAACCCUUAUCUUUUCUUGGACAAGCUCCGUGAUUUUCUCGAAAAAAUUGGCAAAACUCUGGAGUUUCCUACUGUGUGCGGAGAGAGUCUGGAUCUGCAUCAGCUUUUCGUGGAGGUCACAAAACGAGGUGGUCUUCAAAUGGUGAUCAAGAAGCGUAAGGCAAAAGAAGUGACUGAAGCAUUUAACUUGAAGAAACCAUUGACCAACGCAGCAUAUGUUAUAAGGAAGAAUUAUCUGAGGAUGCUCUUUGAAUUCGAGCAUGUGUAUUUCUUCCGACAACCAUUUUCUUCAUUCUGGGAGAGAGAAGAAGAUGUGAAGCGCCUUGUGGAGUACAGUGCACAUGACAAAGGUAUACAACUUGGCUCCAUGAUUGAUGAAUGGACCAUCGAUGGGAAGUUUGACGACGGCUAUCUUGUGACCGUAAAGAUGGGGGGAUCACAGGAGCUCAAAGGAGUGCUUUACCACUCUGCUCCUCGCGAAACUCCUCGGAGACGCAAGAAGAAAGCAAAACUGUCUCAUGUGGAUUCUUUGCGCCCUAAGUUCCGCAGAAGCGGUUAUAACUUCUUCUUCGCCGAGGAGCACAAGAGGCUUAAGGCUGCGUACGCUGGGCAGGAACGUUCCCUCCUCAAGGAGAUCGGGAACAAUUGGAGGAACCUCUCUCCAUCUGAUAGAGAGAUUUAUCAAGGAAAAGGGGCUGAGGAUAUGGAGAGGUACAAGAUGGAUAUGGCUGCGUACAAAUCCUUCCUUGAUUCUUAUAAUGCGGCGGGAAGUGUUGCUGCGACUGAUGAUGCUGUGGCUGAGGCUGAAGUUGAGGCUGAAGCUGAGUAUGAGGCCGAGGCGGGUCUCUAGUCUGUCUUAUCUGCUUGCACCUUUUUUUAUUUUUCAGCAUUUUAUAAUUUAAUAAUAAGUUGUAGAGUUGGCCAUAAAUUUACAUGCGUGUAAUCUUUGCCAAACUUUUACAUAAGUUGUUGUCUUUCCUUUGUUCUUUGUUCUUUUUUUUUCUGUUUUUAUGUUUCCCUUUGAGAACUUUUAAUUUAAUCAUAAGUUAUUUAACUUUCUUAGUAUUUUAUUUCUGCAAUUUUUUUUAUAAUUUUCUGCUAACAUCAAUUUUAUGUAUUAAGGCAUGAUACUAGCAGAGAAAAGGGAGAUUUUUCUAGUAUCAUGGUUUUAUCCUGGUUGUUUUUCUAAGUUUUUAGGGAUAUUUUCGUUUUUGUUGAUUUUUGUAAUCGAAGAGAUAUUCCGGACUUCGUUGUUAUGGUUAGUACAGAUUGUUAGACGGGUUCUAGAGUAAAAAUUUUGGAAGGAAUUUCUUCUGAAACAGCUUUAACCAAAGAAAAAGAUAUAUCUUCAUCUCGAGAACCUUUAUCGUGUAAACAAUAAAGGUGACUGCAGUCCGUUAUGAUGCAGAAAAAACAUUUCAAUUGUUAAAAAGAGUGAAACAAGAUCAUUCUGAUAACAGUGUAUUUGUAACAUCCAACCAAAUUUCAGUAUGGACUUCAUCAUAGAUUUAUCUUGUAAUCGUAUUUGUCAUAUCAUAUUUUUUAAUAGAUUAUAUUGUUUCUCAAGAGCUUGUUUUGUUUUUUGGUGUGAUGUAUCAUAUCAACAUUUAUGUUAUUGUCUUUGAUAGACAAUAUUGAAUAAAUAAUUUUUUUUAAAAAAAGAAUAAAUAAUUUUUAAACAAAAAAAAGCAUGAUCUUAGCCAUAAAUAUAAUACAUUCUGAAUUAAAAUGUGUACAAUAAAGAAAU